AUGGACUUUGCACUUCCAAUGCUGAGCGGAGCACCAGCAUACGAUGAUCCAUAUACGCAUUGCGGCUCACCGAAUGCCAAGAUGGAGUGGAAGUCUGCUCAGCUUGACGUCUCCUAUCCUCCAGAUCUUUUUCGCUCGUUGCGCCAGGUGAAUGGAUGCGUUUCGAUGUUUGACCUCGGAGAUUCAGACGAAUUGGAUUCUCAACAGUCAUCAGUGCUCUCGCCGCAGAAUAUCGCCUUCAAGUAUAGUCGCGCCUCAGAGCUUGCGAUUGCGUUCAUUCAAACUGGCGAGCAAGAGGAGCAGUUUGGCUAG